UAUGAUCUCUCUUGGAGCUGAGAAAUCCUCUCCAUCUGUCUACUCGCCCUCUCCUGGGCCCAUCCUCUCCGAUCCUUCCCUGCUGGAAGGAAAAAAGAAAUAGGAAAGAAAAAAACCCUAGAUCCCCAAAUCUAUUUUUAACCCUAACAAGCAUCAAAAUCAAAAUUACAUACUCAAGAUUUUAUACUAGUAAUCAUAGUAAUGGCACAAGAUUCUGAAGUGGAACCUGCAUCAGAAACCGUAGAUCAAUCUCAAUCUUCUUCUUCUUCUUCUUCUUCGGAUCCAUCGCUUUCCCGGAAUGAGUCCUUCAGUAAACUCAACGCGCAGGCUCCUGAGUUUGUCCCCACGCGCCCACAACAACGGCCGCCCCCUCCUCCUCCUUCACCUCCUGCUGCCAUGAUGCAUAUCUAUCCUCCGCCUCCUCCCUCUACGUUUCAUGUCCCCAUUCAUAGCCCUGUGCCUGUGCCUCACGUGAUCCCUGUCCAGAAUCACCAUCCGCACCACCACCACCAGCAUCAGCAUCAUAAUCAGCAGUACGUUCCAGUUCGGAGCCAUAACAAUCAUCAUCACGGUCAGAAUAGUCACUAUUUGCCUGUGCAGUAUCAUGGGAAUCAGCAUCAUCAGAAUCAAAAUCACUUUGCUCCGACUCACAAGAAGGGGCAGUCAGAGGAAGAUGUGGAGGUGGCUGCUAAGAAGGAUGUAGCAUCAUCAGAUCAUGCGUCCAAAACUGACAGAAAUGGACUAUCUGAUGAGACUGUGCAGAAACUUUUGAAUCAAGUGGAGUAUUAUUUCAGUGAUAUAAAUUUGGCGACUACUGAUCAUUUGAUAAGGUUUAUACACAAGGAUCCUGAGGGAUAUGUGCCAAUAUCUGUUGUUGCUUCCUUUAAGAAGAUCAAAGCUGCCAUAAAUAGUAAUUCUCAACUUGCUUCCAUCUUGCGGAACUCAUCAAAGAUCGUAGUUAGUGAAGAUGGAAAGAAAGUUAAACGGCGGCACCCCUUAACUGAGUCAGAUGUGGAAGAGUUGCAAUCUCGCAUAAUUGUUGCUGAAAAUUUACCUGAAGAUCAUUGUCAUCAAAACCUCAUGAAGAUAUUCUCUGCUGUUGGAAGUGUGAAGACUAUACGUACCUGUCCACCUCAAACUUCUGGUGGUGGGGCCUCUUCAGCAUCUAGAUCUGCAAAAGCUGAUGGAAUGCAUUUCAGUAACAAGUUGCAUGCAUUUGUGGAAUAUGAGUCUGUUGAGAUAGCUGAGAAAGCAGUAGUUGAGCUAAAUGAUGAGGAGAACUGGAGUGGUCUUAAAGUUCGGUUAAUGCUAAAACACAUGUCAAAACCUACCCAAGCUCGGGGAAAGAAGGGACAUGAUGGGCAAGGGUACUCUGAGGAAGAUGAGGCUUGUAUAUCUGAGCAACAGCUGAAUGAAAAACAGAACGAAGAUCCUUCCCAACAAUAUGAUGCUCAUUCACAUGAACCGACUGGAGAGGAUCAUGUGAAUGAAAAGGAGGGUGCACAUAGAAAAGGGCGCAACCGGGGUCGGGGAAAGGGACGCGGGAGGGCUCAAUACCAUCAAAAUAACCGUGGAAAUCAUGUGGGAACUCCCCCUUCAAAUAAUCCAGUUAUUGGUGAGCAGCCAGGUAUGGGGAAGCAACCCCCGGGGCCCCGUAUGCCAGAUGGCACAAGAGGUUUUGCAAUGGGUCGGGGGAAGCCAGUUGCUGUUAAUAUUGCAUGAUAGUCUUUUUCAAGACUAGAGAUUCUACUGUGGGAUUGAAGGAUGUUGAUAGCAGGGUUUUACAAUGGGCUAAAUAGUUGGUGUAAGGGUCAAGUUCGCAGUAUUUGGUCUGUUGGCGUUUUGUAUUUUUGUAUGGAUGUUGCAGAACAAGUUUGUUAAUACUUUAUAAAAAAAUUUGCUAUCA